UGUAAACAAAACACAUAUCUAGUUCAAAGCACCUAAAAAUGCAAAGAAGAGAAUCUCUUCGAGAGAAUGGCCUUGUUAAAGGCCUUCAUAAAGGUGGAUUUUCUAUAAACAAACUAAAAGAAUUAUCACAUGCUGAGGAUUCAAAAAGAAGCCACCGUAUGAUAAAGUCAGGAAAGACAUCUGUAGAUGCUUAUCGACAAGCUGGAAAAGGCCUUAAUCACUUUGGGGGCUACUUGAGCGACUGGGGAUCCAGGACUAGAAGUGUCAGUAUAAACGAUAUUAGUGACAAGCUCGGUGUUUUAGUCAGUGAACUUGGAGAAAGCGAAUUGGAAUUUGUAAAGCAGUUUGACGAAAGUCGACUCAAAUUGAAGGGAAUUCGUGAUAUGGAAGAUAGCAUCGCACCAUCAAGAGCUCAUCGUCAACGAUUAGUGGCAUCUAUUGAGAAAGAAGAAGAAAAAGAUCCACUUUCUCCCCGUCUAAUAGACUUGCAAAACCAAUUGGUUCGAACCGAAGCUGAAAAUCUUGUUGGUGAAAUGCAACUCGAUAACAAAAUACGAGAAGUCAUGAAAUCAUCGUUCCAACAAUUGAUGGACGCAUUUCAGGUUCGGGCACAGAAACAAAUGACGGUGGGUUACUAUUCACGGCUUUUGGUUGACAUGAUCAAUGACGAUGUUGUUUAUCCAGGUGAUAAUCCAGUAGCCUACAAUAAAAAGAAUGCUGCUCAGAUUAUGCACCAGUGUAUGGAUUCUAUGUCCAGACUUAUGGCUCCUCUUUCCAUUGACGAAAGGAAAUCCGAUGAUACUCCUAUGAAGGGUUCUUCUAGCUCACUCCAGCUUUCGGAGAGGGAUUGCUCUCCGAGUGUAGAAAACGAACAGAAUGUACUUCAAGUUAGAAACGUCCCCUCCCAGAAUUCCACAUCCAACGCAGAAACUUAUAAAGCGCAACUUCUUUCCACCAUUGCAGAAGAGCAAAAGCAAAAAGAGUUACAGGCAAAGUCGACCGUAUUAUUGUAAAGUGGUUGAUGCUAGAAAACUUUCUCUAUACAUUGUCUCUAACGCUCUACAAUCUUGCAGACUCUGGUUGCAAACCCAAAGCUUUUUCGUCUUCACUGUAUAUCUUUAAGACAUCAAGCGAUCUCUUCUUUAAUUUGUUAAACAUACCGAAAUACAAAGCUUGGCAUACCUAUAUACUUAAAACUAUAAGCUAUCCGAGACACUUGAUAAAUUGAGAAUCAAAAUAGAAAAAAGCAAGAAAAUCAGUAUUCCAUACGUGUAUUAAAAUGACUUAACGCUUCUAUUGAUGUACAAGA